GUUCGUAUAAUCUUCCAGCCGGAAAGCUCAGAUUUCUUUGUGCACACCAAACUCGUGGAUCCGCUCGCGGUGGUCCUCCGCUCUGCAACCCCAGCCCCGCCGGCACCCGCACGAUCCCCGCUGCCCGCUCCGCACCCCGGAGAGUGCCCGCUGCAGGUCCAGCACCUCGGGCGUUGCGGCGGGAGGGGCUCGGUCCCAGCAAUCUCCAAACACCAACUUUUUUGCCCAUCCCCGUCCGCUCCAAACCGGCCCAUUACCGGCGUUGGGGCUGUCGGGAACCGCUCGCUGAUUGGCCGCCGCCCGCUCAUUUAUAGCCCGUCAAUCAAAUGCCCCCGGGAGAGGUGUGCGCAUCGCUCAGCGCUGCCCGCGGGAGCCUCCGCUGCACUUCGGGGAGCGGCACGGGAAAGCUCCUUCCUCCUCCUGCAGCCGCCGCCCGGACCGCUUCUUUCUUUUGCUUUGAUUAUUUUGAACUUCCUUUCCCCGAGCUGUGCCCGCCCGUCUGCCACCCUGGCGCAUCUCUUACCGGCCCCGGCCAUGUACAGCAUGUUGGAGACCGAGAUCAAGACGCCGCAGCCCACGCCGGGCAGCACCGGGGGGAACCCGGCACCGGGCGGUAACGGCAAAGGCGGCGGCGGGGCCGGCAGCGGAGCGGGGGCCGGGUCGGACCAGGACCGUGUGAAGCGCCCCAUGAACGCCUUCAUGGUGUGGUCGCGGGGCCAGAGGCGGAAGAUGGCCCAGGAGAAUCCCAAGAUGCACAACUCGGAGAUCAGCAAACGCCUCGGGGCCGAUUGGAAGCUGCUGAGCGAUGCCGAGAAGCGGCCCUUCAUCGACGAGGCCAAAAGGCUGCGGGCCGUGCACAUGAAGGAGUACCCGGAUUACAAAUACCGGCCCCGGAGGAAGACCAAGACCUUGCUGAAGAAGGACAAAUACUCGCUGCCGGGCAACCUGCUGGCCCCCGGAGGGGGCAACGCAGUGAGCAGCCCCGUCGGGGUGGGCCAGAGGAUUGACACUUACGCCCAUAUGAACGGUUGGACCAACGGGGCUUACUCCCUGAUGCAAGACCAGCUGGGCUACGGGCAGCACCCGGGCAUGAACAGCCCGCAGCUGCAGCAGAUGCACCGCUACGACAUGCCGGGCCUGCAGUACAGCCCCAUGAUGUCCACGGCGCAGACCUACAUGAACGCCGCCUCCACCUACAGCAUGUCCCCCGCCGCCUACGGCCAGCAGCCCUCCACGGCCAUGAGCCUGGGCUCCAUGGGCUCGGUGGUGAAGUCCGAGCCCAGCUCGCCUCCGCCGGCCAUCACCUCGCAUUCGCAGAGGGCCUGCCUGGGAGACCUGCGGGAUAUGAUCAGCAUGUACCUGCCCCCGGGGGGCGACGCCACAGACCCUUCGGCCCUGCAGGGCAGCAGGUUGCACAGUGUGCACCAGCACUACCAGAGUGCCGGGACUGCCGUGAACGGCACCGUACCACUAACUCACAUAUAAACAAACUGGCCUCCUCCGGACGGCUCCUCAUCGCAACCCCAGCACCGGGACGUGCGGCUCAGCAGACUCGAUACUAACUUGGGAGAAAUUUUAAACAGAAAAUCCGUUAGUUGUCGUCUUUUUUUUCUUUUUUUCUUUUUUUCCUUUUGUACAAAAAUGAUUUGGGCAAUCUGUUCUUUUAACAGAGCACGACCGCCUCCUAAAGCCCCGUGAAGUUCUUAAGCCACGGUGACUCUCCCGGUCUCCGCGGGGUUGGGCGUAGUUUUGUUCGCUUCCAAGUCUUUAAGAUGGUGCAUCUUCCCGUUCGUUUUUAGCGUUGCAAUGACAAAACGAAAAACCGACUCGGCGGGUGUUGUUUCCAAACUCAGUUGUUCCGUUGUUUACAUUUUCGUUGUGGUUACUGAAAGUGUUGUUCUUCCCACCUUGCCGAGUGCCGCUCGGUUCGUGUCCGCAAUUCGUAGAGUUUUUAACUUUAGGGUUUUGUUCCUACGGAAAGGGGGCGGUGGGAGAGAACUGUGCGGGUCGCAAACCCUUUCUUUUAUUUAUAGCAAGUUGUGUGUCUGGGUUUUUCUUAAGCUGUAAACUUAUGUAAAUCGGUUUGUGAAUUUUACUGUGAACUAUGUUUUGACAUAUCAGACGAAGAAAAGUUUUAAUUUUUUUUGUUUACCGAAUUUCUUCCAAAAAAAAAAAAAAAAAAAAAAAGUGAUCGAAAAAUCUCCUUCCCUGUGCCUCGUUUUCUUCUAUCUUUAAAACGAAGAGCUCUCCGUACUCUUUACACGGCAUUUAUGUGGGGCGGCUCCGCCGCUCAAUGCUUCCCGUCCCGCACAGCCGCUCCUCGGCCGGGCCGGGGGCCGUGGAUCGCCGUGAGACUUCGUAAAUCCUCGGAGCCCCCGGGCCGUUCCCAAAGGGACCGCCGGAGCCGCGCUGCUCCCGCACGGCGGCCACUUGUUGCCUCUUCGGCCGACGGGAGGGAAGUGCUGAAACUCUGCGCCUCGCAUCCUUUAUUUUUUUUUUUAUUAUU